AUGAUCGCCCGCGCCUUCACGCCGUCCUCCGCGGCGGCACUAGCCGCAUCCCUCCUCUUGUCCGCCCUUCCCCAGCCGGCGUCGGCUUUCUACCUGCCCGGCGUGGCACCAACCUCCUACGAGCCCGGCAAGACUGUGCCGCUCAACGUGAACGCCAUCCGUCCUAUCGCGGCGCCGCGUGAUGCCAUGCUGCAUGCCGUCGUGUCCUACGACUACUACCACCCCUCUCUGCAGUUGUGCCAACCGGCAGGCGGGCCCAAGAGCGUUGGCGAGAGCCUGGGCAGCAUUCUGUUUGGCGACCGCAUCAUGACGUCGCCCUUUGAGCUCAAGAUGGGGCAGAACGAGACGUGCAAGACGCUGUGCGGGGUGACGUACGAGGCCGAGUCGGCCCAGUUUGUCAACAUGCUCAUCGAGCAAGGCUACAGUCUGAACUGGCUCGUGGACGGCCUGCCGGCGGGCCAGGAGAUCAUCGACGACCUGACGGGCACCGAGUUUUACAGCCCCGGCUUCUUGAUCGGCCAGGACAACGGCGACAACGCCAUUGCCUUCAACAACCACUACGACAUUGUCGUCGAGUACCACGAGGUCAGCGGCGACCCGAACCAGCUGCGCGUCGUCGGCGCACUCGUGCAGCCCAGCUCGCUGCGCUACGACGACCCCAACGCCAUCGACUGCUCGCUGCAGCACCAGCCCGUCGUCCUGGACACCAAGGCGGGCGGCAAGACGCCCGUGACCUUUACCUACAGCGUCUACUGGACCCCCUCCAGCACGGCCUGGGCCACGCGCUGGGACAAGUACCUCCACGUCGUCGAGCCCAAGAUCCACUGGUUCUCGCUCAUCAACUCGGCCAUUAUCGUCGUCUUUUUGGUGCUGACCGUGCUGUCCGUCAUGGUGCGCACGCUCAAGAAGGACAUUGCCCGCUACAACCGCCUCGACCAAAUCAACCUCGACGACCUGUCCGGCACCAGCGCCGUGGACGACGGCGUCCAGGAGGACUCGGGCUGGAAGCUCGUGCACGGCGACGUCUUCCGCGCGCCCGCCCACCCGCUGCUGCUUUCUGUCUUCCUCGGCAACGGUGCCCAGCUCUUUGUCAUGACGGGCUUCACCAUCGUCUUUGCCCUGCUCGGCUUCCUGUCGCCGUCCAACCGCGGCUCGCUCGGCACCAUUAUGAUUCUGCUGUACACCAUCCUCGGGUUCGUCGGUGGCUACGCGUCGGCGCGCGUCUACAAGGCCUUUGGCGGCGAGAAGUGGAAGCUGAACAUUGCGCUGACGCCGCUGCUGGUGCCCGGUCUUGUGUUCAGCGUCUUCUUUUUGCUCGACCUGUUCCUGUGGGCCAAGCAGUCGUCUGGUGCGGUGCCCUUUACGACCAUGAUUGUCAUUGUUGGCAUCUGGUUCGUCAUCUCCGUCCCGCUGUCCUUUGCGGGCUCCUGGAUCGGCUUUCGGUCGGCCGCCAUUGAGUCGCCCGUCCACACGAACCAGAUCCCGCGCCAGAUCCCGCCCGUCACCACGUACCUCAAGCCCAUCCCCAGCAUGUUGCUGGUCGGCAUCCUGCCCUUUGGCGCCAUCUUUGUGGAGCUGUAUUUUAUCAUGAACAGCAUCUGGUUCAGCAAGAUCUACUACAUGUUCGGCUUCUUGUUUUUGUGCUACGGCCUCAUGAUUAUUACCUGUGCCGCCGUCACCGUCCUCAUGGUCUACUUCUUGCUGUGCGCCGAGAACUACCACUGGCAGUGGCGCGCGUUCCUGGCGGCCGGCACGACGUCGUUGUACAUUUUCGCCAACGCCAUCAUCUACUGGAUCAGUAAGCUGAGCAUCAGCAGUCUGGCGGGCAGCGUGCUGUAUGUGGGUUACAGCGCCCUCAUCAGCUUCCUCUUUUUUAUUCUGACUGGCUCUAUUGGUUUCUUCUCGAGCUGGUGGUUCACCCGCAAGAUCUACGGCAGUAUCAAGGUCGACUAA